AUGACCGGUGUAAUGACAAGCACCCAUCUAACUGUGACCACUAUAGAGACCCCAUAUCUGUUUUACGUUCGAAGUGGAUACUUUAGGCCUGUUCUUAACUGUUCUGUACUGAAUUUACAGGUCACUGCCACAGACGGGGGUACCCCAGCUAGAUUAGCCUCUGCCAUUGUAACCGUUCACGUGAGUCCAGAAUUUAAGAGUCCAGCGUUCGGAUCAGAAACGGACUCAGUGACUAUACAAGAGACUUUUCCCUUGGGAAGCCUUGUGUACAAUUGUGACGCAACCCAUGAUGGGGCAACUGAUGGGAAAGACGGAGAUCUGGAGUACUCAAUUAUUGCAGGGAACGACGAAAACACGUUUGGUAUAGAACUGCUUGAGGGAACUCUUUUAAUUAAACGUUCUUUGAGCUUUGAUGCCAGAAGCUCUUACACUCUGACGAUUCUCGCCACGAAUCGAUUACGUCCCUCACUUUCGGACACGUUGAAACUUACAGUUGUCGUGACACAAGUGAAUCAACACACCCCGGAGUUUACAGACACGUUGUAUGUGUUUAACGUGCAAGAAAACGCAGCGAUAGGCACUCCAGUGGGUACCGUAUCAGCAACCGAUGGCGAUUCGGGGAGCUUUGGUGACCCGAUCUACAGCCUCGAGACUACAACUCACUUCCAGGUAAACGCUAACACAGGGGUCAUCACAACGGCCGCCACCAUCGAUUUUUCGCUAGACCAGAAUUUUCAUCUAAGAGUUUUCGCAGCGGACAACGCUGGCGUGACGUCGCGGACUGGCACAAGCGUCCUGCUGAUUACAGUGAAUGACGUCAACAACAACAGCCCUACAUUCCCAGCUUCUCCGUACACGCUGGACAUUCGAGAGAGCCUACAUGCCUCCAGUCCCAUCCACGUCCUCGUGGCUUCGGACCUGGACACGGGUACACAGGGCAGUGUCCAGUACAGUCUGACCGCUGGAAAUACCGGGGGCCACUUCGCCGUGGACGCUUCUACUGGCGUGCUUUCACUUCAAACACAAGUAAGCAUCAUCCAUUUUAUAAAUGUGGACUAUGAGUCUGGACCACGACAGUACGUUCUGGAGGUAGAAGCCAAGGACGGUGGCAGUCCUAGCCUCACCGGUACCGCCACCGUCACCGUCAACGUGCUAGACGACAAUGACGAAGCCCCCAGCUUCUCUCAGUCACGCUAUGACGUAGCGGUGUCGUCAGCUCUGACGUCAGGCUCUCUGGUCCACACGGUUCUCGCCACCGACCCGGACAGCGAUCAGAUCUAUUACGUCAUACAGAACGGCAAUUCCGGAGGUCUAUUCUACCUGGACACCACUUCUGGGGAGAUUAAGACAACCCCGGGGUUGGCAACGGCGCCAGGAGACGUCUACACCCUGGAGGUGAUCGCUGUGGACAAUGGGGCUCCUAUGUUGACGGGCACUACCACGGUAGAGGUCACGAUACAACCUUUAGUAACCCCACCCACUUCAGACUACGCUUUCAGCGUGACAGAAAACCAAAGCAUUGGAACCCUUGUGGGGACUAUCGCCAAAGACAGCGCUCUGGGUGCCAUUAGCUCUUAUUCUAUUAUAGGUGGGAACAUCGCCAACGGCUUCAGCAUCAUCACAGGUGCUGGCGAGACAGGGGAGCUCCGGACUGCCUCAGUGUUGGACCGGGAGACAGUGUCUCUCUACAGACUCACAGUCCGCGUGCAGGGAAGCCUUGGAGAUGUUGAAAUCGUUGUUCUGGUAUCGGUUAAUGACGAGAACGACAACAGUCCGACUUUCACACCUUCGUCCCUUAACCUGAUUGUGGUGGAGAAUCUGCCAGCCGGCACGGAGAUCGGAUCGUUCAGUGUGAGUGACCCAGACACCAGUGGGGUGAACAGUCAGUUCGAUUUGUCGAUCUCUGGUGUGUUAUUUCAGCAUUUUUUCACGGUGUCAUCUUCGGGCGUUGUGCGGGUGCUUCGAGAGAUAGACUACGAGAAAGGGUACAGGACGUUGGUGUUUGAUGUGCUGGCCACAGACAGAGGCUCUCCUGCCCUCACCGGCACCGGCACCGUCACCGUCAGUAUAGCGGACGUCACCGAGACCGUCACCGAUAGCGGUCAGUUUCAUGAAAAUUGA